AUGCAGUACAAGGUGCUCGUUCCUCUCGUCUUCGCCGCUACGGCCCUGGCUGCCCCUGCCCCAGAUGCCACCGGUACAUCGUCCAGCUACGAGACAUCCGACGAUUAUGACGACAGCGAUCUCUAUGAUAGCUACGACUCCGGUGACAGCUACGGUCUUGCCGAUGUGCCCAGCUCCAUUCUGACUGUCCUGGCCACCGCCAUUCCAUCUUCGUGGUACGACGACAUCAUGAACCCGGAAUCCCGCUCCGCUAUCAUCAGCGACGCCGCAGCUGGUACCUACCCAGCCUGGUACAACUCGCUUCCUAGCAGCGUCAAGGCCUGGGCCACUUCCCAAUUCGAUGACGAGGUUAUCGGAGCUUCAGCCACUGCCGCCAGCAUCUCUGGGACCACCGCCAACAGCGCUUCCCUGACUUCCGCUGGUACUGCCGUUGAAACUGGCAGCGCCAUGACUGCUGGCAACACUGCCAGUGAGACUGUCAGCCAGACUGCUUCUUCUUCCUCUACUGUUGAGACCACUACUGGUUCCUCCUCCGCCAGUGUUACUUCCAACUCUGCCUCUUCCGACGCCAACUCUAGCUCUGCUUCGGCUUCUGCCUCCUCUUCCCAGUCCACUGGCGGUGCUCCCGCUCCUACUGGUGGUGUUGCCAUGGGUGUUGCCGGUGCUGCUGGUGUUCUGGCCCUUGCCCUUGCUCUGUAA